AUAGGAGCGCCCUCCCCGGCCCCCAGGCGGGUGCAUGGUUAGGUAUUUGUCCGGACAGGAAGACUGGCAAAGGUCGCUUUGCCCAAGAAAUAAAGCAGGCGGGAGGCCGGGCGCACCCCAGCUCUGCACCGCGGGGCCGAGUGAAGGCGCGCUGAGUCCAGCCCGGCGGCCCCAGUCCCUACCCCGAGCGCUUGACUCUGAAAAGCACAUCUAGUGUAAAGUGAUUGAUUUCUUCUCCUGGCAGUACUGGAACCAUGAACAACAAUGGAACAAACCUAGCCACUGGUUUCAUCUCCUCUUCUGUAGCUGUCAUUUUGUUUGGUUCAAAUUUUGUACCACUAAAAAAAUAUGACACUGGUGAUGGAAUGUUUCUUCAGUGGAUCCUGUGUGCUGCCAUCUGGCUGGUUGCCUGUGUGAUUAAUCUUAUAUUGCAUUGUCCUAAGUUUUGGCCUUUUGCAAUGGUAGGGGGCUGUAUUUGGGCAACAGGAAACAUUGCUGUUGUCCCAAUUAUCAAAACGAUUGGUUUAGGCCUUGGAAUCUUAAUCUGGGGAUCAUUUAACACCUUAACCGGCUGGGCAAGUUCAAGAUUUGGCUGGUUUGGAAUGGAUGCAGAAGAAGUAUCAAACUCAUUGCUUAAUUACAUUGGAGCUGUGCUUUCAGUAGUAAGUGCCUUCGUAUUUUUGUUCAUCAAAAGUGAAGUAUUAGGUGCUGCCUCUUUCACAGAAACCACACCAUUAAUGACAGAACAUGUCAUCAAUACAACUCAAGAAUCAUGUUCUGGCCCUACUUACUCCUGGGUGGAUAAACUUUCUAAGACACAACAACGCAUUGUGGGCUGUAGUCUUGCAGUGAUAUCUGGAAUUCUCUAUGGAUGUACGUUUGUGCCAGUCAUUUAUAUCAAGGAUCACAGCAAAAUAAAUGAUAGUAUAUAUGCAGGGGCAAGCCAGUCUGAUGUAGAUUAUGUUUUUGCACACUUCAGUGGCAUCUUUCUUACAAGUACAGUCUAUUUUCUGGUCUACUGUGUAGCCAUGAAAAAUCAUCCUAAAUUAUAUCCUGAAGCAGUCUUGCCAGGAUUCCUAUCCGGCAUCCUUUGGGGAAUAGCUACCUUCUGCUCUUUCAUAGCUAAUCACUCCCUCAGUCCUGUGAUCAGUUUUCCCAUCAUCACUGCUGGCCCAGGAUUUAUAGCUGCAUUGUGGGGUGUCUUUAUGUUCAAGGAAAUAAAGGGUCUUCGGAACUACCUAUUGAUGUUAUUUGCAUUUUGCAUCAUCUUGACUGGAAUGUUAUGCACUGCCUUUUCAAAACUCUAACAAUCACAAUACC